AUGUUUGUAAAUCUAGCAGCAUGGCUUAUCAACCAAUCAGGUUACAGUAUAGAAAUUUCUCAUGAAUUCGAUCAUCCUGACGAAAUUGUGGCGAAUAUUUUAGAGGCUCUCAAUUCCAUAGCUGGUAUUUCUCUAGAGUUUCCUGCGUCAAAACUUAGAAGUGGCAGUGGUGAACUCUGCAUCCGUGUACUAGAUCAUUUUGCUGAUGCCGCUCUCAAGUUUAAUCGCAUUUGUUAUGAGAAGGAUGGUGAGUAUGGCAAAAUGCUUGAUGUGGUUGACGGAGGCUCAAAUCUAGUUGAAUUGUCUGUUGAAAAGCCAACCAUGACCGGUAUUGCUUCAGAAACCAAUUCCUAUCCAGAGAUGUGCGUUAAAACUGGUUUAGCAGGUCCUGGCAAGCCCCAAGCUCUCAAACAAGCAGUAAAAGGAGAUGAAGCAUCACUUGGUGUAGAACCGCUUAAUACCACUAACAGUACUCCUUUUAGUGGACUUCACACAAGUUCAUCAGGAAACCAUUCCACUAUCUAUGACAAUUCGUUACCUGAUCUACCUCAAAUAAAAGUUGAAGGAGAUAAUUGGCAGAAGGAGCUUGAGCGGGCGUUGCCUCAAUUGGAUUUUGUGGCAAGUAGUGACGUAGAAUCUAAUGAUUGGCAAGUUCAUAUGGAGCAAUUUAAGCAAUAUCGACGAUCUGUUGAAAAGUGCCUUGCCGAAUCUCGUGAACAUUUCAAACACUUGGAGGAGGACCUUACGCGCGACAUCAACAAAGUCAGAACCAGAGAGAAGUACAUCAAUGGUCAGGUUAAGGGUGCUUUGGAAGGUUAUGUGCGUGCUCGUAACUAUUUAAGCGAAUUGAAAGAAGCUUAUGCGCGAGUCAAUGCAGGUAUAGCGGAGCGCAGUGCCACUUUGGCCAAACUCGCUGAGGAAACAGAAAAGGUGAAGGCUGAGAUGGAACAACGUGGAAGCAGAAUGACAGAUAGUGCUCCAGUGAUUCGCAUCAAACAAGCCAUAAAUCGUCUGAAAGCCGAGAAUGUUGCCAUGGAGAUACGAAUUGGAGUGCUUGAACAUACUUUACUUCGCGCACAACUUCGUGCCCGUGAAGAAAGUCAAAAAUCCCUGUUAACGAGACCCAAUCCCUUAGACGCCUUUCGAAGAACUGAUGAAAAUGAGAUUGUUUAA